GGACAAUAACCAACACAAGUAUGAGCCAAAAAUCAGGGUCCAAAUCAAAAAAUGCAGACAAAUUUUAAUUUUCAUCCCCCGGAAAAUCUUGUUGAUUUUUUAUGAUUCACAAUUUUACAUGGAAGCAAAGAUUUGUCGCUUUACGUGUAAGCCGCCAAGCCUUUCGUUGUCAUCUCCGGCCAACAAAAUUUCAGACCCUUCUGCAGCACUGAAAGUGAAACAAAACCCCCUCUUAAAUGUCCUCUCAAAUUUUCCACGAACCAGAAUCUGACAAAUUCUCGAUCAUAUCAACUUACAAUAUCAACCACCAGAUCUUCCCGGAGUUUCCGUGGUUUCAAUUUCAUCAAUCCUGGCUUUCCGAUCACCACCAGUUGCUUCUUUAAAUUCCCCACCAUUGCUCUGCUUUUCUUCUAAACCCAUUUUCCCACCUUCCAAACGCGAUUAUGGAUGUCUGGUCUUGGAUUUCUGAGCUACCCAACUCGGACGAGUGGACUCACUCGAACUCGACCUUCGUCUUCGACCUCGCCAGUCAGGGAAAUGGAAAAUCCUCGCCGUCGAUUCAAUUGAAAGCAGAGCGCUCCUCCGGCGCCGAUUCCGAUGCGUUCCUGAACUUUGCCGUUUUGCUGAAUGGAUUCGGGUCGAUUACCGAGUUGAAGACCGUGUGGGUUUCUGACACGUGUCCUCUCUCGUCGGAGAAGCCGUUCCUUCCCCUGGUUCUGCAACUUCUCCGGGAAAUCAUUUCCCGGUCACCCACCGGGCAGAAGAGCACCUGCCCACGGUCCCGCCUCCAGAAACUGAAACCCGAACCG